AUGCCAUUCGCAAGAAAUACCAGGCAGCCGGGCAGGAUCACCUCUUCACCUUCUGCCCAGACCUAUCAGGACGAAGAGCGCAACGCCUUCAUCCGGCAGCUCGAAUCCAUCGAUGUACAUAGGGUUAACAAGAUAUACAAAAAGGCUGUCGAUGCAGAGAAAGUGAUCACUGAUCCUAAAUACGUUGCCGAUAUCAUCGAGCCUCUCCCCGUCGAUGCCUGCGAAUCUGUUGUCAACAACCCUUCCAACGAAACCAAGUGGCGUGAGGUCGGCCUCGAAGCCAUCGCCCGUGGCGAGGUCGGUGUACUUUUGAUGGCAGGUGGUCAGGGAACCAGACUGGGCAGCUCAGCUCCCAAGGGGUGUUAUGACAUCGGGCUUCCCUCCCAUAAAUCCCUCUUCCAGUACCAGGGAGAACGCAUCGCCCGUCUUCAGACCGUCGCAGAGACGACGCACAAGAAGCCAAAAGGCUCCGUCAUCAUCCCGUGGUAUGUCAUGACCAGUGGCCCUACUCGCAAAGAGACGGAGGUUUUCUUCGAGAAUCACAAGCACUUCGGCCUCAACCCGGAGAACGUGAUCAUAUUCGAACAAGGAACACUUCCAUGCCUGACCAUGGACGGCAAGAUCAUGCUGGAGACCAAAUCGCGGGUUGCUGUUGCGCCUGAUGGCAACGGUGGUCUCUAUGCUGCCACCCGAUCCCCACUUUCGCCCUCAGACAAGCCGCGCAGCGUGCUCACAGACUUGUCUUCGCGGGGCGUGCUCUAUUCGCAGAUCCCGUCUUCCUCGGCUUAUUGCAUCAGCAAACAAGCCGACUGCGCUGCCAAGGUCGUACCCAAAACUUCGCCUUCCGAGUCCGUUGGCGUCGUAGCGCGUCGCGGUGACAAGUUCAGCGUUGUGGAGUAUUCAGAGAUCACCAAGGAACAGGCCGAGCUGCGCAACCGAAAGACAGGAGAACUGAUGUUUAACGCAGCCAAUAUUGCCAACCAUUUCUAUACCACUGCCUUCCUGCGUUCAGUAGAGUCGUUUGAGAGCGAGCUCGCGUUCCACAUUGCGCGCAAGAAGAUCCCCACCGUUGAUCUGGAGACUGGCGCAGUCAUCAAACCUUCCAAACCCAACGGUAUGAAACUUGAGAUGUUCGUUUUUGACGUGUUCCCUUUCACGAAGCGUUUCGCUGUGUUGGAGGUAGCACGCAACGAGGAAUUUAGUCCCUUGAAAAAUGCCCCGGGAACGGGAUCGGACGAUCCUGACACUAGUCGCCGUGACUUGCUGGCUCAACACAGGCGGUUUUUGGAGCAGGCUGGUGCACGCGUGCGAGGUGGCGUGGAGAUUGAAAUUUCUCCGCUCGUCACCUACGCUGGAGAGGGUCUGGAAUCUGUGAAGGGUAGGACGUUCACAAAGUCAGGUCACGUGGAGAACGUCGAAGAAUUGGAUGCUUUGUUGUGACGAUGUGCAUCGUAGUGGUUCCCGAAUUCUGGUUCUGAACGGGCUAUUUCCUACUCACGUGUGUAUCAGAGUGCGGCUCGGUCGUUACAUGUACAUUCAGUCCAUUGUACGACUUAUCCUUAAAAUGCCUACGGAGAGAAUUGGAUUUUCGAUGACGGAGGCAUACGGGACACAGAUCUCAGCCUACGCUAGUUUCAUUCCCUCUUGCAGUCCGCUUCUCGAGUUCUUCUCGCAGCGACGAAAAUAGCCGUUGUGUGCGUUCAGCGCUGGGCUGCCAGAAUGAAACGGGGGUGUCAGCAAAGCUCCGACAUCU